AUGUUUGGUCGAAAAAUGCAAGUUGGGUUUCUUGAUACAAUUGCACUAUCGAAUGCCGAGCGAAGCAUCGACGACAACGAAGAAGAUAUGACGAAGAAGAUGCUAUUGCGAAAGAAAAAGAAGGAGAUUUUGUUCAACGGGACAAAGAAAUUUAGCAUCAUCGCAAUGGAGCGGCUCUUAAACAACAGAAGCAGGCCGAAAAGAUGCUCGAAAAAUCUAAAAAGAGAUUUGGUGCUGUUGAUGUCGAACAAACGGUUACAAGCAUUGCAAAUGUGUGAACGGGCGAUGCGCCUGGUGGAAAGCCAACCUGCAAUGCAACAACCGAUGCCACAAGAGCAACACCUGCAAGAA